AUGUCCGGUCGUGCCGUUUUGAAACCUCAACAUGCCCCGUCACCCUUCGAUUCCGCCCCUCAACUCUAUCGCGACGUUCCCGGAUUGCACCCUGCGCCUUCUCCCUCUCACGGCGCCUUGAUGGAUACCUCACACUUCGACGAUUUUUCCUUUGCGUACCAAGGUCUCCCCGACCAAUCUCCUCUUGUCUCCCUUGCGGAUCACGCACACGCAUCGCAGUCUCCCACUCCGUUUCCUCAGCACCAAGCCAUGUCCGGCCUUUCGCACGCUGGUCUGCCGUUCGGCGCUCUGCCUCCGGGCAACCGGAGCCAGAGCAUCGAAGGUUCUGAAACUGGUCAAGGUCGCAUCUCUCCCUCAUCAAAUGCCCUGGAAGACUCAAACGCCGAUGAGUUCGGUCUGGCUUCCCGUAAUCGUGCAGAUGGAACAGACCUGGGCGGUAAGCACAAAGAAGACAAAGCUGAUGCCACACCUGCAUGGAGUGAACUUAAGACCAAGGCUGGUAAAGAAAGAAAACGCCUCCCGCUCGCUUGCAUUGCAUGCCGCCGAAAGAAGAUCCGGUGUUCUGGCGAGAAACCCGCUUGCAAGCACUGUUUACGCUCACGCAUCCCAUGUGUCUACAAGGUUACGACCCGAAAGGCUGCACCUCGAACAGACUACAUGGCCAUGCUUGACAAGCGGUUGAAGCGUAUGGAAGAGCGCAUUAUCAAGGUCAUACCCAAGUCGGACCAAGAGGUCGCAUCGUCCGUCACUCGUGCAGUGGUUAAGCCAGCCAUACCAGGAACUGUGCCUUCAAAUAAGUCAACCAAAAAGCGCGGUGCUGAGGAAGCUUUCGGACCUGAUCUGGAGGCGUGGGCCAAGGCGCCUUCGAAGCCCAAGAUUGACGGCGACGACAGGCCAAGUAGCUUACAAGUGCAAGAAACCGAGGAGAACAAAUUGCAACAUGAAGGCACCGAUGCACUCCCAUCCAAGGAGAUACAGGAGCAUCUCGCAGAAGUUUUCUUCGACAAUGUCUAUGGUCAAUCUUAUCAUCUUUUACACAAGCCAAGCUACAUGCGAAAGCUAAAAAAUGGUACCUUGCCCCCAGUUCUUAUCCUUACAGUGUGCGCUGUGGCAGCUCGUUUUACUUCGAAUCCUCUAGUGAGUUCAUCUGGGCCAGAGUUCUUACGCGGCGAAGAGUGGGCAACCCAUGCUCGUGAGAUUUGCACAAGACGAUAUGAAUGGCCAAACCUUACCAUCUUGACAUGCUUACUCAUUUUGGGCUUGCACGAAUUUGGAACAUGUCAAGGAGGCCGCAGCUGGGCUCUAGGUGGACAAGCCAUUCGCAUGGCAUUCGCUCUUCAGUUACACAAAGAUCUAGAGUAUGAUCCCUCGGGCCGUAACGGUGCCAAAAAGCAGCUUAGCUUCAUCGACCGAGAGAUACGACGACGAAUAAUGUGGGCUUGCUUCCUCAUGGAUCGCUUCAAUUCUUCCGGGACAGAUCGGCCCAUGUUCGUCCGCGAAGAUACCAUUCAGAUUCCACUACCAGUCAAAGAGAAAUACUUUCAAUUUGACAUGCCUGCGCCAACAGAGAUGUUGGAUGGGCAGAUACCUCACCCUGCUUCUCCCAACGACGGACAACUUGCCGAUGCACGAGAGAACAUGGGCGUAGCGGCUUAUCUGGUUCGGGCCAUUGCCUUGUGGGGAAGAAUCAUAACUUACUUGAGCCAAGGAGGAAAGGAACUGGACCCCAACCCAAUGUGGGAAGAUGAGUCUCAGUACAUCAAGCAUCUCAAUGAUGUUGUGAACCUCGAGGCUAGUCUGCCCCUGUCACUUCGAUACUCUGUCGAGAAUCUUGAAGUGCACAAGACAGAGAACACGGCAGGUCAAUUUCUCUUUAUGCAUAUCUGCCUACAGCACAACAUCCUCUUCGUAAGUCGAGCCGCCAUGUCCGCACGGAAGCAACAGGGCGCACACAACGACUUUUUCUCCGAGGCGAGCAAGAGAACAUUCAAUGCAGCAAAUCGGAUAUCGGAGCUCCUUCGAGAAGCCGAACAACCACGAUGUUUUGUCUCCGCCCCGUUUGCUGGAUACUGCGCCUUCUCCUCGACGACAGUUCAUAUCUUGGGCAUAAUCUCCCUCAAUCCCUCUAUGAAGCCAGCAGCCGAGGCCAACUUGGCUACCAAUGUCAAAUAUCUUACCAAGAUGAAGAAGUAUUGGGGCAUGUUUCACUGGAUGGUGGAAAAUAUUCGCACGCAGUAUCGGAAUGCUCUAGAUGCUGUGAGAGCUGGCGAAAACGUCAACGAGCGCGCCACGCAGUCAUCUUUUCUUCAAUACGGCGACUGGUUCAAUCGCUAUCCACACGGUCUUUCUGACGCUGAAUUUAUGGAUCCUGCUACUCAUAAACGAAAGGAUCUAGGGGCAGAUGGUGUCCUCGAAGCAAAGCCCGAGUUGCAAUCAGUAGAGGAAUACUUCUCCACGCUUCCAACGCCGCAAAGCAUCGAGCACAAGGAUAGUAUUCGAGCAGCGGCGCCAAAACGAAAGCAAGGAAACAAGAAACAAACGGGUAUGUCGGUGCAGUCUGGCCAGCCUCUCGAUCCUAUGCAGGGUACAGACACCGAUUCGGUCUCCGUGGGAGGUCAAGAACGCCGGUUUUCGGGUGCCUUGGGCCUCCAAACUACCGGCACGGCCGGCUUCAACCCUCUUGCAGUGUCCAACCCGCAGAACUCAGCCUUUAGCACCGCAAUGUCACCCAUGAGCCCCGCCAACAUGACCGCCUUUUCUCACCACGGGCACACACCGACCUUCUUCCCACCCGAAUUACUCGCUAUGAAUUUUGGCUCGGGCUCAAAUACCAACAUUGACCCUCUUGACCGUCAACUUGUUUUUGGCGGAUACUCGGUGGAUGUUGGUACCGGUCUGGGCAGUGGUCACGACAUGAUGACUGGUAUGGGUUGGGAUGCAGUUCCGGGUACUCAGCCGGAUGAAGACUUGCAAGGUCGGCGGUCUAACAUGAAAGCAGGCAUGAAUGGUCAAGGAGCUGGCAUGGCAGAUGGAGCAGGGCUAUCUGGACCUGAAGCAUCAUCUGCCUGGUUCAUGCCAUUCAACAUGGAGCCCCCAGAGAUGGGCCAGGAUCCUAGUUUCAAUAUGGGAGGUAUCGAUCCAUUCACCGGCGUCUUUGGCACAGGAGGCAGCGGUUUGGCGACGCCAAAUGCAAUGGGCGGGCUACAGCAACAGGGUCCUUAG